AUGAAAUCCAAAAAAUCCGAACCCGAACUUGAACCAGAAACCGAAUUAAAAGACGACACAGAAAUCUGCCAACAACUACUCUCCCGAUACUCCGCCUCCACGGCACCACAGCACCGCCACCUCCUGGCAACCGCCGCAGCCCUCCGUUCAAUCCUUACUGCCGAAUCCCUCCCUUUAACUCCCAAAGCUUACUUCGCUACCGCAAUCAACAAUCUCUCCGAUUCGAAAACUCUAGAUUCCACGGCAAUUGCGGCGUUACUGUCGUUUGUUUCUAUUGUGGUGCCGUUGAUUGAAGAGAAGGGGAUUAAGGAGGAGAAGGUGAAGGAGGCGGUGGCGGUGUUGGUGGAAGUGGCGGUGGAGAGAGAGGGAGUGGGAGUGGGGAGUUUGAGUGGUGUGGUUAAGUGUUUGGGGGUUUUGAUUGCAGGAUUUUGUAAUUUGGAGAAUUGGGAGUCUGUAAAAGUUGGGUUUGAAAGUUUGAUUAAAUUCUCUGUUGAUAAGAGACCAAAGGUGAGGAGGAGUGCACAAGAAUGUCUUGAGAAAGUUUUCAAGUCUUUUAGAUCUUCUUCUGUUGUUAAGGAAGCUAGCAAGUUGGUCUUUUCGUUGUUCAAAAGUUACAUGCCUGUAGCACUUACAUUGAGUGAGUCAAGGGUUGUUGAUGGGUCUAAAGAAGAAACAUUAUUGAAGCCGGAACAUCUAGAGGUCAUUCAUAUGCUAAAUCUUCUAAAGGUCACUGUUUCAUAUCUCUCAGUUAAAAUCAGUUCAAAAGUUCUAUCAGAACUAGUUAAGAUUUUGAGGCCUGAGUUCUCAGUACUUACGAGGCAGAUUUUUCAAAAUAUUGAAGCAUUUCUUGUGAGUUCAAGUGAUGAAGUGAUUAGUCCGCAGAAGGAGAACAUUAUAGAUUCUCUUUCUGUGUAUUUAUCUUUAGGACAGAAGAAUCCUGUGGACACCUUAUUGUCUGCAGCUACCCUGUUAAAAAUUGCAUCAGAUAAACUUCGUGCUGGAGGAUCAAGCUCAUGGAUGAGGAAUGUACAUAAAAUUUCUGGUUCCAUAGCAGGUCCUCUGACACAUGUUUAUACUGAUUUAGGUCUUUUGACCUGUGAGGCUACUGCAUCACAGGCCUCAGAUAUAAUGAAGGAGUUGAUCAACAACUACAUAGAUCCAAAAGAAAUUGUGAUGAAUGAAGGCCAAUCACUUGACGAUGCAAGUCAAGAGAGUGAAGAAGCAAAUAUGAUCAAAUCAACCUGUGCUAUCUUGGAGAAUAUUCUAAACUCUUGUGAUGAAAUUCCAAAUGAACACCUUUUGGGAGUCAUAACUGUUUUGUUCCAGAAGCUUGGAGAGAUGUCAUAUAUAUUCAUGAAAAGUGUCGUACUUAAGCUUGCUGACUUGAUGAACAAUUUUGGCCAUCAUACACCUGACACAAAUCAUCUUCAAAAUUGCAUGGGAUCUGCAGUAGUUGCCAUGGGUCCUGAGAAGAUGCUUAUGCUCAUGCCUAUCUCCAUUGAUCCUGAUAAUUUUACAUGUUCAAAUACCUGGUUGGUACCCAUAUUGAAAGAUCAUGUUGUUGGAGCUUCGCUAGGGUAUUAUAUGGAGCAUAUUGUGCCUCUUGCAAAAUCCUUUAAGCAAGCCAGUCGCAAAGUUAAAAAAUCAGUAAUUGGUCAAGAUCUGCAGGCACAUGCACAUGGCCUCUGGGGACUGCUUCCUGCCUUUUGUCGUUAUCCUGUUGAUACUCACAAAAAGUUUGGAUCUUUGGCUGAACUUAUGGUUACUUCUCUAAAGAAGUACUCUUUCAUGCAUCAAAAUAUUACUGUUGCCUUACAGGUUCUUGUGAAUCAAAACAGAAGUUUGAUGUUUUCUAAAAGUGAUGGCGGUGAGUCAAAUAGCAAUGCAGUAACAGAUUCUGUUUUAGAGUGCCAAAAUGUAGCCUCUUAUUCCAAAAAAACUGCAACCAAAAACAUCAAGGCUUUGGCAUCAUGUUCUUCAGAGUUGCUUCAUGCUCUAGGAGACUUGUUUGUUGAUUCACAUUCUGGGAAGCCGUCACACAUAAAGGAUGCUAUCGGAUGCUUGGCUUCUAUCAGCAAUUCUUCUGUCACCAAAAAAUUUUUCAUGUCACUGCUUGAGAGGUUUCAGUUUGUAACCAGUGAAGGUGAAUUUCAACAGACAAAGAGCCAUGGUGAUGAAUUGGUUGAGGAAGAACUACAUAACUUGAAUGUACAAGAGAAAGAUGCACAGAGGUGUGUGAUGAUGGAGCUUGCAUCUUCUCUUGUUGUUGGAGCCAAGGCUGAUCUCAUUGAUCUGAUAUAUAACUUUGUUAUCUCGAUCUUUCAGGCAACUGAUGUGACUUGUCACUGUGAAGCGUACCACACUCUGAGCAGAAUUUUACAGGAACACUCAUGGUUUUCUUCUUCUCGUUCUGAGGAGCUGAUUGACUUAUUACUUGGCCUGAGAUCACCUGCUGAUAUUGCGUCUCUUAGAAAUCGAUUUGCUUGUUUCCACAUUCUCAUAGUUCAUGCAUUAGAGAUGAACUUGGAGGAGGAAAAUACAAAGUCUUUUCUUAUUCUCAAUGAGAUCAUACUCAUGUUAAAGGAUGCAAGGGAAGAAGCUAGGAAAGUGGCUUAUGAUACAUUCCUUUUUAUAAGCUCCUCCCUGCGAAGCUCAUCUUGUGCCAGUUCUGAAGAAGCUUAUCAAAGACUGAUCAGCAUGAUAACAGGUUAUCUCUCUGGUUCAUCUCCCCAUAUAAAGAGUGGAGCAGUAUCUGCACUGUCCGUACUAGUAUACAAUGAUACAGAAAUCUGUCUUAAAGUGCCUGAUCUUGUUCCCUCUCUCUUAUCAUUGCUGCAAGACAAAGCCCCAGAAGUCAUAAAAGUUACAGUCAUACUGGAGAUCAUGAUACGGAAGUGUGGUUCUGCUGCAGUUGAGUUAGAUGUCCCAGAGAAACAUAGGAGUUUUUUCAAGACUGUUUUGCAGAAUCGCCGUCAUAAGCCAAUUUCCAAGGAAUUUGACACAACUGAUACAGAAACGACACAUGCAGAUAUAUCACCCAAGAGGGUGGAGAAGCCAAAGAACAAGGAAUCAGGUUUUGUACCUGAGGGAAAUGGUUCAGUGCAUCCUGGCAAGAGAAAGAGGGAGAAGAAACAAAAUGAGAACCCUCCCAGCUCGAGGAAGCCUGGUAUAUCAACUGGUGAUGGUGGUGGACGGGAAGGGGCUAAAAGAGCUAGGCACUUUGAGCGUAAAAACCGAUGA